CCCUUCGGCGCAACCAAAACAAAACAUUGCCUUGAAAAUUGACGGUGCAAUGCCCACUAUUAAGUUUUCCGAGGUUUUAUCCUUCACCAGCGAGGAUCCUAAUCACCCCGCAGAUAACCUCCUGAGGCAGGAAACACACCGGAAAUGGAAGUGUGCAGCAGGAUUGUCAGAGAAACAAGCAUCAGUUACCUUGAAGUUAGAGCGGCUUACGUCCAUUCGCUCCAUUGACAUUGGCAAUGCUGGGUCAGCGUUUGUGGAGGUUCUGGCAGCACGGGAGGAUGCCAACUUUAAGGUCCUCCUUGUGGCUUCUUCAUUCAUGACCCCCAUAGAGUCGAGAAAUGCAUGAUACAGAGUGCGCAUGUUUGGGCAACUGAACAAAGACGUGGCCAGCGAGAAAUGGGACCGCAUCAAGGUGGUGUGCACACAGCCCUUCAACAAGAACCUGCAGUAUGGGCUCUCCUUCGUCACAGUUUCAUCUGCAGCAGAGGAUGCAGUGGAAGUACAAUGUUACGUUAUUCCUCCCAGAGACCAGCAUAAGUCCCAAGUCAAUAUUGCAAAGAUUAGCUUCCGUAGACAUGACCUCCACAAUGAAGUUCAAAUUGGUGGAUUGAGCUGCCUUGCCCAGAAGCUCAAAUGUGAGCAGGAGACAACACCCACAGCCCCAAAGGCAAUUAAGCUUGGGAGUUUUACCCUAAAGGAGGAAGAUGAGAACGACCCCAUAUCCAUCGGCUCUGUCUUCGCUCGCAGAAAGGAGAAGGAUGCUUCACCCUCUCCUCUCUCAGGUGUUUCCUUGCCCCUUCCUUUGCUCAUGUGCAGCUGCAAUCAGAGCUGCCUCAGCCGCAGCAGCAGCAACAACAGCAACAGCAGUAGGAGGAGGAGGAGGAGGAGGAGGAGGGGGAGGAGCGAGCAGCCUGGACCAGGGAGCCUAAAGAGAAAAGCCUUGGAAAAUCCUCCAGACGUGGGCUUCUACCAACUGAAGAAGAGGCCCGCACAUGAAAGCGGAAGCAAAGAACGCGACAAACCAAAAAUGGAGCGAGCGGGGAGCAGUACAGAGAGGAAGAACACUGCGGAGAGGAAGGAGGAAAAGGAGAAGAAGAAGAUCAAAGAGAGAGAGAAAGGAGGGGGUGAAGGCAGUAGAAAGAACAGUGAAAGAAGGAAGGAGGAAGAGAAAACGGAUAAAGAUGGAGGGGAGACCAAAAGGGAGACCCACAAGAAGAAGAGAGAAGGAAGCACAGGGGGAGAAGGGAAGACAGAGAAAGAGAAUCUCCCAACAACAUCUAAAAAGAGCCAGAGGAAGACCGAGCCGUUUGCGUCCCUAAUGAAGGACGUGGUGUUUGUGAUGAGCGGCUACCAGAACCCGCAGAGGUCUAACCUUCGCGACAUGAUGCUGGAUAUGGGGGCAAAGUACAAGCAGGAUUGGGAGCCCUCUUGCACGCACCUCAUAUGUGCUUUCACCAACACGCCCAAAUUCCUUCAGGUGAAAGGCAAAGGAAAGAUCGUGACAGCCAAGUGGAUCACCGACUGUCACAAAAACAAGAUACGUUACCCAUGGAGGAGGUACCAGCUGGAGCGAGACCGUAAUGCAGACGAGAGUGAAGAGGAAGUUUGGGCUGAAGAGCUCUUGCCCAAGGAGGAGCGUCGUGCCAAGUCUCCCACUCAGAAACGCAGAUCAUCAGCCACAGGUAUGUGUGACGCGCCCACACGGAGUAAGUACCGGGCUCCAGGUACGGCCAUUACAUCGUUCUCCUAUUUGCAUUUAAUAGCGCUUGCUUGCAUCGCACAGACCCGAUUUGCUAGCACUGUCUUGCGUACACCUAAACGGACAUUGCGACGAAGAAGUCACCGCGCAGGACGAAAACCGGAAGUUGGAAUAGGGAAAGAGAAGGAAGCAGCAGACAUGCAGAUCGAGAUGCUUGCCUGCCUGCUUGCGGAUUCCAAAAUGCAGCCUCGCGUGUGCUUGGCCGCCGAGGAGCAGCGAAUCGACUUGAUGCAACGUUGGCGGUCAGUUGCAUCCUCGAGUGUGAGAUUUUAA